AUGUAAACAUCAACAAAUGCACGUGGUGGGAAGUCAGUCAAAAUCAGCUGAUAUUUCGUUGACCGUUUUGUUGUGUUGGCCGGUAAAAGCGGCCACUUUUCCUUUCGUAAAGUAGUACGAAAUCGACAAAACUGUGAUAUAAUUGUAUUAAUUACGUUAAGAAAAGAUGGUGCGCGUGGAUUUAUCGAAAUUAGUGCAGCUGCAAACGAACGCCAGCCAGGUGCGUAACAUAUGCAUCCUGGCACAUGUGGAUCAUGGCAAAACGACACUGGCCGAUAGUUUGAUCGCAAGCAAUGGCAUCAUUUCCACGCGCUUGGCAGGAAAAUUACGCUACAUGGAUAGCCGGCCAGAUGAACAGGAGCGUCAAAUCACAAUGAAAAGCAGCAGUAUUGCGUUGUACUUUCGGAACGAAUCGAACGAGCAGGAAACCGCCAAUGAAUAUUUGGUAAACUUGAUCGAUUCACCUGGCCACGUGGAUUUUAGUAGCGAAGUUUCGACCGCCAUACGGCUUUGUGAUGGAGCCAUCAUCGUUGUCGAUGUAGUUGAGGGUGUCUGUCCGCAGACCCGCGUCUGUUUGCAGCAAGCGUACAAUGAGCAACUGUCCACCGUUUUGCUGCUGAAUAAAAUCGAUCGAUUGGUGCUGGAAAAGCGGCUCGAACCGGCAGAAGCAUAUCACCAUCUGGCACAGGUGUUGGAGCAGGUUAAUGCAGUUGUGGGGAACCUUUUUGCGACGGAUGUCUUCGCAAGGGAGCAAAUCAGUACAACGGGUGAUCAAACAUCUGCGCUGGAGGAAGCGGAUGAUUCCUUUCUUUACUACACACCCCAGCAGGGCAACGUACUGUUCGGAUCGGCACUCGAUGGAUGGGCCUUUGAUUUGGCCACCUUUGCCCGCCUGUACCAGGGCAAGCUGGAAGGUAUAACGGACAGUGAAACACUGUUGAACGCGCUGUGGGGCGACUAUUUUUAUUCUCCCCGUAGGAAGGCGAUCGAAUCUGGUGCAAUGGAAAAGGGUCGUAAACCACUCUUCGUACAGCUGGUUCUGGACAAUCUGUGGAAUAUUUACGGAUUGGUAGAAAAUCGAGACGAAACGAAACUACGUGCUAUCUCGGAACGUUGCGGAGUGGUGCAAAAUGUGCGCGAUUUGCGCCACGGUGAUGGACGAGUUCCGGUAAGGAAUCUACUCUCCGGUUGGUUGCCAAUGGAGCGAUCAUUACUGGGUGCAGUUUGUCGGUCGGUUCCUACCCCAAGCGAUAUUAGUGAGAUGAAGGCAGAAAAGCUUCUGUGCUCUAGGUUAGCCGAUUUCGGUUCCUACCCACCGGAAACCCAAGCACUAAAGCAGGACAUUAUGAGUUGCUCGGCGGACAGUGAACGGUUGAUUGUGUUCGUUUCUAAAAUGUUUCCCAUCGAACAUGGUGCGCUGGCAGGUGCAAAGGAAACGUUAGAACGGUUAACGAAGGCCCUUGCCUUAGACGAUCAUCCCUCCGAUGAUGACGGUGCCACGGAGAUAUUUCUUGCCUUCGCAAGAGUUUAUAGUGGAACGCUUCGGAAAGGAUCGCGUGUGUUUGUCAUUGGACCGAAGUAUGACCCACGGACGAUGCAUUCGAACGAUAGCGAUGCUAUCAAUCCGCACCUUGUCGAGAUCGAGAUUGACAGCCUUUUUCUCCUGAUGGGUCGUCAGCUGGAACCGGUUGAUGCGGUCCCGGCAGGCAAUAUAGUCGGCAUAGGAGGUUUGCAAAAUGUGGUCUUAAAGACCGCGACACUCAGCAGCACACGAUUCUGUCCACCGUUCGUGGAUCUUCCUCUAAUAGCGACACCGAUUCUUCGAGUUGCCGUUGAAUCGAGAGACAUUCAAAAAAUGCCACAACUUGUACGUGGCCUGAAGCUGCUCAAUCAGGCCGAUGCAUGCGUGGAGGUGCGUGUUCAAGAGAGCGGAGAGCACGUACUACUCACGCUGGGUGAAGUACACCUGGAGCGGUGCAUUAAGGAUCUGCAGGAUACGUACGCCAAGAUUGAGCUGAACGUUUCGAACCCGAUCGUACCGUUCAAGGAAACCAUUGUGCCGUUUGUACCGACGUCCGAGGAUAAUCCUGAGGAGGAAAUAGCGAAGGAUAGAGAGAAAGAUAAAACGGUUACACUUCAAACGCCGAAUCGGCAAUGUACCAUCAAACUGGUAGCGAUGCCAAUUUCACAGGAACUUGUGGAUCUACUAAAUGCCAACGAAUCUGUACUGAAAGCGUACGUUCGAGCACACGAAGCGAAACAAAAACUACCACAGGCGUUGCAGGAUUCAAUUACCGAGCUUCGUUCCAACCUGAUGAAACUAUUACCCGCCACGGUACCGUUUGAUCGCAUUUGGUCGUUAGGGCCGAAGAAAUGUGGUACGAAUUUGCUUAUCAAUUGUACCGAUUUUAAGCACACCUCCGUGUGGUACGAAACAGAGCCAGCUGAACGGACAAUGGAUGAUGAUCCGCGGGCUCAGUACGAGUCAUCAUUUUUGAACGGGUUCCAAAUGGCAUCGCUAGCCGGUCCUCUGUGUGAUGAACCGAUGCAAGGUGUUUGCUUUUUGGUAGAACGCUGGGAUGUUGAUGUAACGGUCGGUGUGGACCUUGCGUCUGUGGCUUCUCACGGACCACUUUCGGGACAAAUUAUGUCAGCCGUUAAGGAGGGAUGUAAAAAAGCAUUUCAAAAUCAACCCCAACGACUGGUUCAUCCGAUGUACAGCUGUAAUAUAACCGUGAACUCAGACGUGCUCGGCAAACUGUACGCCGUAAUCGGACGACGACAUGGCCGCAUCCAGUCGGCCGAUCUGAUUGAAGGUAGCGGCCAGUUUGAUGUAACGGCCGUCAUUCCGGUGAUUGAGUCGUUUAAUUUUGCGACCGAAAUUCGGAAGCAAACGUCCGGUUUGGCGAUGCCGCAGCUAGUCUUCAGCCACUGGGAAACGGUCGACAUCGAUCCGCACUGGGUGCCGUCGACGGAGGAAGAGUAUCUGCAGUACGGUGAGAAGGCGGACUUUACGAAUGUGGCACGCGUUUAUAUGGAUGCGAUACGGGAACGGAAAGGUUUGCCGGUGGAAAAGAAGCUGGUCGAGUUUGCUGAGAAGCAGCGUACACUAUCGAAAAAUAAAUAGUUAAGAAGCACGACAACUGAAGUAAUUGUAAGUAAUGUUUUGUUGGGGUUUUUCGUUUUUUUAAUCCUUCUGAAACUUUUUGUAUUACAAGGAAGCUUCAUCGAAAAGUUUUAACUACAGUAAUAGAGUUCUUUUCGUCAUAUUUAUUAUAAGAUUUUGUAAUUUAAAUGAUAAAGUUGGUACCAUUUCUAGAUUAUUUCCAAUUGAACUGGAAUUUCUUAAGGUAGAAUUCACACCUUUUCUAGCUCUCUAGAGCUGUUGCAAGAUAAAAUAUAUUGUUUGCUAGGCUCUCAUAACUCUUACACUUGCAAAGCACUUCGACAUGUUAAGAUAAUUUAGGCCCAAAUUCCGUAAAUAAAUUCCAGAACUAUCUCGACAAAUUCCAGUUCUACUUGUAUAUAAUCCAGAAAUGGUUCCACCUUUACCCCUUGACGUUGAAAACCGAAUAAUGUUGGUUCAAGUUUAUAUAUAACUGAGACAUUAGAAAGGGAAAUUUCUUUUCAAAAUUUAAUCUUUUUAUAUUUUAUUAAAUGCAUCAUUCUUGGGGUUAACAUACCAAGCGAUCCCGAUAAGUAUAAUAUCAUGAAAUUGAUUUGAUUCAAUUAUUAGGAUUAGACGAUUUAAAAUGAGAAAAUCUUACGUAAAAAUGUUGUUUCUAAACAAGAUGAAUUUUGUGAGAAUAACCUCUGAUCAAGAGAUGAUUGAUUCUUCAUAUACAAAUUUAAAAUGAUUUGUUUGACAUAAAUUUAAAAGGCAGGAGAUCGUAUAUCUUUAUUCGAUUGAUUGGUUGUUUCCUAAUAAAUAAAUUAUAUAAAUCAAACUGUUAAUCAAUCAGCAAAUCAUCUCAGAAGGGUGAUCAUUUUAAACUUUGAUUUUAUUUUAUAAUUGGAUGGUUACAAAUGGAUCUGCAUGGAAGGGAUUUGGUGAAAACAUUUUUCGUAUUAUUUUUUGUCCGAGAUUUAAAAAACAAAACGAAACGGAAAAGUAAACAAUAAUCAUAAUAAUUGCUUUAAUCAGUGAAAGGUUGAAGCGUAUAAAAUAGAUUAAAUCUUCGUCAUUUGUAGGUUCGUCUUUAGGCACAGUCUAGGUUAAUCCGCAGUUUACGACGACCGUCACCAACACACCGGCAUUAAACUAUUGUUUUUUUUUGACGCCAUCCUUUCGCGAUACUGACCUAGAAAGUGAAAUGCCAAAUGCAUUUACACCGAAUCGUACGUGAUGCUGUACCGUCGACAUCUAUAUUUGCGGAUGGUAUUUUGUGGUUUAAUUUUCCGAACUAACACGAUCCGGCUCAUUUGUGUUCGGGCUAUGUUCCGGGACACGCCAGUGUGCUGUGGUUUUUUUAGCAAAUCUUUCUCACUAUCACGUAUCAUAUUACCACAAACAGACACUUUCCCUCCGGUGUGAUGGUGAUCGCGGUAAGCGAAUGGUAACGAAAGAAGAUUCGCUUUCCUUCUUGUUUGGUGGAAAACUUUAGCCGCGGAUUGAAGCGGUUGGAAAAGUGGGUGGCCAUUUUGGUUUUGUUCUGGGAUUAGAAAUCAGCAACCCGACGACGACGGUGUGAUAUGAUUCCCGAGCAGCCUUUCUUUUUGAGGUGCUUCAGGCUAAUUAUACGUAGUACGGCGGACGUGGUGCGACAAUAGACACCGAACAGACGUGCAAGCUCCACCAUGCCUGAGUAUGUCAAUUAGCAACAGUCACAAUGCUGGGAGAUGCAACCGGUAGCAAGACCGGCGCGUGUAUUCCGGUUGGUGCACGAGCAGCAUCAUUCCCACACGCAACCCAAUCCCACGUAGUGGAGUUGGCGUUUUACCAGAUUUUCCCAUCGGGUCGGAAAUGGUAAUGUGGAUAAGGUGACCGUGGAUAAUACACGCUGCCGCGCACUGUUCACCUUGAUUGGUUUCACUUUCACGUAUCGAUGCAUGGAUUUACAUGCGCAUCGUGCUAAAAAACGGAAGCCCAAGCUAAUCGGGGCGCUCUGGAGAAAAAAGGGGAGGGGAAAUGACAGGGGAAGACGAAGUUGACACGGUUGAAACGUGGGCCGGUUAAGGGGUUUAGAGCUGGUUAGAAGACGAAGCCGGUCGAAAAUUUCGCUUUUGAUGGCGAGGCGUCCCAAGCGGAGGGGAUUUGUAUCGUUCCUUGUGGAUUUCCUGGUACGACACGAUCAUCGUCUCUGCAUCAUCGUUGACGUGCGCUACUGAUAGGGUUAUCUUGAUACGUCGUCAAGCGGGUAUGCGAUCACGACCCUGCUUGGCGCGUUGAGCAGAAAUCGCACCAAUCACGCUCGGAUGCGUACGGAAAACGGUGAAAAUACUAUCGCACGCAAGGACGGAAGUUCGGAAACCUGAUUUCACUCAGUUUACUCGUAACUUCUGUGGGUGAAAGUUAAGAAGAAAAACCACAGACGGAGAACUUGGGACAGCUAACGACGCCCGUAUCCGUUCCGGGCGCUUGUAUUUCUUGAGGUAUUGCCGCUCUCCGACGCUGGGUGAACGAACAACCAUUGCGUACGGGUGCGUUUCUGGUUCCGCUGGGAGCGAUGCCAAUUAACGGUGCACGCGGGCAGAAUGUCGUGGUCGCAUAGUUCGCUGCGUUGCGGUAUGUUUUGGGCUAAUUAAUGAGCAGCGUAAUUGGGUGUAGGUUCCAUGUUCCAGUGUCGAGGACAGACCACGGUUUCCUAAAGAGUCGUCCAAACUGGAGAAACAUUGUCCACUCUUGGGCAAAUUACGACGACAUUGAGCAACUGAUGACAAAUGUAAUUAAUAUACAAUGGGGAAGGUAUAGAUCUCGUGAAAUAUAAUCAAAUUCUUUAACUCCAUAAUCAGAGUCUUGUCAGUUGGCAUGUAUAAAGCAGCUACAUGGAUUUACCAACAUUUUCUGGAUCACUCGCAAAGCUCUGAUGGAAUGUGAUCCACCGGAUCACUGGGGAAUGCAUCACAUUCAAUCGAGUGACAUUCCUUCUGUUCUCAUUCCAACAUCACCACGGGAUGCUCACCAGGCAAGAUCGAUCCGUUGCGGAUCAAUGUCCCGAUUGCUAGCUUCAGCAUAUUCUUGCACUGUUGGUCAAAGCAACACCUUCAUCAUCAUGGUUCACUAUCUUGGUGGUUUGAAAAUUACAAAUUUCACACUCCCAAAGCCGCGAUCGAUCGUGAUCUGCAAAGCGGACAUCGAUCUGCCGUUUUGUCUAUACACGUGAUCGUGAUCGUUCCGAGUGUAUCACGCCGGUACAUCGGUGCAAAAAGGAAGAAGUAAACCGUGACCAACAAUCGUCCCGGAAUGACGAAUGCCUUAGACGAGAGCCGAAUGGUAUCCCCAUUAGGCGCAAUGUCCGCGAAUGAGGUCUUUGGGUAUCGCUUCGCAAAGCGCGCAAACUGCUACCACCAUCGUCGGAUGGUGACAGUGAUUGGCAGUGGCAGUGACCACCGUCGAUGUUGGCCACGAUGUUAACCCGCUGCAGGCAUCGGGCAAAAACACGAGCAACGCGAGUAGCUACCUAGGGGAGAGUUUUUGUGAUUGAUUUAUGCCGACUCACAUUACGACGGUUAGCGCGAUACUCAGUGAUGAGGGCGCAAACGUCCAGAAGCGAGAGCGCGUGUAGUAUGGUGUGAGUUCCUGCUCAGUGGUCCACCACUGGGAGUCUAAUUAAUAACGUUAGCUAGCGUACGACAUGAUCUACACCCGAGCCAUGACAUGAGAUCGGAAAUCGGCGCCUCGGCCUUUUGACAGCAGUCGGCGCUAGUGUUAUAAUGACAGAUCGUUAACCAAUUAGUUUAUUAGCGUGUGGGCGAUUUACGAUCCCGCGGGCUCUUACUAUUGGCUCUGUGUUGGGGUUGGGGAGUUUUUUUUAGCUAAACCUACAACUCACAAAGCCAUCGAAUGAGUUGAUCCAGAUUCUUUGUUGAUCCGUUUGCUUUUUACUCUUGUUGUUAUAAUGUGCUAUUGCUUAUUUUUAAUGAUUGUUUUGCCUUUUUGUUCCAGUGAUCUAGAAAGGUAAAGUUGGCGAAAUUGCCCAUAGCUCGAGGCGCUAGAAAAGUAAACAAAAGCGACAAAAGGCACGGAAACAGCGGUACCUCUCGAUUACGUUCACAAGGAACUGCCAGCUGUGUAUCAAUUCCUGUAUGCCUGACUUGUACAGGUGAUGCGAAUUCGUUACGGAUGAUCCGCAGCCUGUGUUUAACCUUGAUCGUAGCGGAUUAGUACGGUCCGUAGUGAAUGCAGAUAAAAAAAACCGGAAUGGUUACACACCCCCGGGGACCGAGUGAUCCACACCGGGUUGACAGUUGGUAAGGCUCACUUUCUACUCACAUAGCGUCGUAGAAGGAAAUCGUUUUCUCAGUGGGCCAAGGUGACGGCUGGCCGGUGCGAUGUUCGCCAAAGUUCAUUGUGCCAUUUAUGCGAAGGUGUACCUCAACCAGCAGCAUUAUCAACUACAGGUGCUGCUAGCUCAUGUGAACUAUUGGUUCACGCUCGCUUAUCCGUGUGAAUCUCGGCAUCUCGGUGUGUAGUGGUGGGAAAAUUUGAAACCAAGAGCGAGAAGAUAAUGGCAUGCGAACAAACGUACCACACGGCCAAGGGUAGAAAAUUGACUCCAUUUUUCCUCUUCCUUAGGUGAGAGUUUCCAACAAUACGUCCCAACUGGGGGAGGGUUUUCCAUCACAUUACCAUCCAACCGUCGUAAGCAGACAUUUGAAUUCAUAAGCUGUUGGUAGCCGACAACAAGCAGACGUUAGGAGCUAGUGUUUUAAGAGAUGCGUAUCGGUGGUGGAAGUCACCUUAGGAAGUAAAAAAUAAAAAAGUAAAACAGAACGUUUCGCUUCCCAGCCCAUUAUCGGUAAGAAACAGUGAGGCAUGGCAGCAGUUGUCGAUCGGUUUGAGAACGUCUCGCACCCCAAGUUGAUGCUUAACGUUUUGCUAAUUUAUUCUUCACUUUCACACGAACAAAAAGGGUGUGCACUAACUUUUCCUUUUGUUGCGUUAGCUCGGGAAAUGGUGUAAAUUUGCUAUAAAUCUUUUGCUACUAGCCUGGGAGCUAUCAGUUGCUGAAGGGAGCGAUGAAAAUGGAUGAGUUUUUGUUUAUCUGUGUUUGCGAUCAGUUGCCACGACGUACGAUAUGGGAUGAGAGAAACAGAGGGUGAAUAGAUUGUUCUCAAUUUGCGAUGCGUUACUUAUAAUGAUAAGGUGUUGAAAUUUUUUAUCUGAUAAGAUGAUAUGUGACGGUUAGUGAAAGUGAUCUUCUUUGUAAUGAAAGCUAGUCUAGGUAGGUUAAUUAUUUUUUAUUUCUAGGCAAUUGAAUAUAUGAAUCUAUGAAGGAAAAGGUCAAAUCACAUUUCCAGGUUCAGCUUCCAACGCAAUUUUUAUGAAUCUUCAAUAUUUUGAUUUUCCGCUUAUGUCGUAUUCGGAUGCAAAAUCGUUUAUGCUUGAUCGCUAAAGAGUCGACUUCUCUUAUUUGCUCGGAAUUUAUUUCGCAUUUUAGUAGAUCGAAUUGACAGCCAUUAUCUACCAUUUCUUAUUUGCUUGAGGUUACUAUAAUAAACUGUCAGUUUAUAGUGAGCUGUCAAAUUUCGAAAUUUCUUUAUAUGCCACUCCGCGUACAUAACAUACCGUUUAUUACAGGUACUACUUGUGAAUGUAUGUCACACAUUGGUACAAGUAUUAUACGAAAGGAAUAAAGUAAAACAUAAUUUUCCACUCUUUCAUAUUCCACAUCUGCAUACAGCAUACUCCAUAGACACAACCAUUUUGUUUUUAGAUGUGUAGUGCAAAUGCAAAAACCAUGUAGCGUACAAAUCGUAUCGAGAAGGGAUCGUUGGUACAGUGUUUUAUCUUGCUGUCUCGCUGUACACGUUUCACUUAUUUCUGUGAUUGCAGUUUGUCUUCGUUGUCUCGUGUUCACGCCCGCAGGGGCGAAUGGUCGAUCAUUACUGCCGGGUUGUUUGCAGAUGUCGAGUCAAAUUACACCAAUGUUCAUGUGAGGCACCAAGUGUGGGACCAAGGAAGCGAAAGGACAAUUUAUGCGGUUCAAUUUUCAAUUACUUCUCCCGGUCCUGCUAUAUCGAUACCGCAGAAGAACGUGUAGGUCAAGGUUUGACACACCUUCCAGUAGGUUUAGUAGAGGUGAAAUAAAAAAAAAGUUUUAAGGAUAGACGAUGGAGAACGGUACAAAAGGGAAGAUUUGUUUCGAAACAAUCUGGUCUCCGAGCAUCGGCGAGGUAACGAUAGGUAACGGUCAGAUAAGGAGAGAGAAAGAAAAUUGAGUAUUUCGAAGGAAAGCUCCAUCAGCUGAGCGCUUGCUUUCGGUGGAGAUUUGGACGGGUGACCGGAGAUAGCUUGAAGGGCUUGCUUAUGGGCUUGGGGAAGAUUUAUGGGACCAGCUCAUAGGCGUCCGUUUGUCCUCGUUUUGAAGCCAGCGUUCUUUUGCUUUCGGUUAGAUCGCAAGAGAGUGAUCGUUUUUUUUUUGUCUUAAAAUUGUCUAAACAAACUGAAACAUACUUUGUAAGUUAGAAGUGGAGCUAAAAAUAUUGCAAAUAAAACCGCAACACAUGGGUAAUAUCAUUCACGCUCGUUUGUGGUAUUCGAAAAUGGAUACAAUACACAUAUCUUCGAAGCUUGAUAUGUGCCGUGCCACGUAAAGAAGGAAUGCAAUCUUGACCUCUUGAAAUAUGCAACAUUUAGAUUCAUUCUGAAGGUAACUACCGUACAGGAUAAACGAUCGUUUCUUUGCAGCUAUGUAUCUCUCACCAUUUGCUGUAAAGCAUUCUCAACGAUAGUGAAGAUCCCGCAGCAUAACGGAUCGCCACAGUUGUCUCAAAGCGAUGGACAGAAGAAUGUACACACGCAAAAAAAAGAAUUGAAAAACAACAUCUGACAAUUGUUUUUGUUCUGUUUUUCUCCUCCCAUCGCACCUUUUCCCGGUAGUCCGCACGUUCUCUGGUGGAAUUUAAAAUUCUAAUUUUCCGCCAACAUCAACUGGCCGCUAGUUUUACGGCCGGCUGGUUUCGGAAUGCAUCCACACGGGUGAGGUGAGGGAGAAAUGUUUUAUUAAUAAAAUUAAUCUUCCGCACAACGGCAGCUAAUGCGAAAGCGGGCGUGGGUCCGUUUUUUUAGUGCAAUUUUAAUUACAUUUCCGCGGAUUUAACAUGGGAGAAUGUUGUUGGGUAAGUAGUAAGUAUUUUGCCGGCUACAUUCUUUGCGAUUGGCUCUGGCAGGGUGCGGAAAUAAGAUUCCAGUUACUUGGUUAUAGUAGACGAACAAAAGUAGAAGAAUAUGUUAAAAAAUGUCGCGUUAAAUACGAUAAAAAGAUUAAAAUUAAUAUUGGUGUAAAUGUUCACGCAUAUUUAACCAAAUGUCAUCUGUUGUGCUAAACAUUGUUUUAAAGUGUAAGUUAUUUUGGUUUUGCUGUCUUCCAAUUACAUAAAAAGAAGUAACGUAAGACCAGCACAAGGUGUUUGUGGGAUAUUUGCUACAUAUGAGCUUCAAUUCGCCAGCACAGAUACAAAACGCGAAGGAAAACUAAACCUCCGUUGGUAAUCCCUUGUCCAGGAACGGUUGUAAUUCCUUCUGUGUGAACCGUUCCGUGUGUCCAGGCGUGUGAGCGAUGUGAACUCCAGCUGGACGUAUUGCUCGAAUGGAUGGACACGAGUAGGUGGGUGUUUCACUAACGAGCUUCGAAGCAUGCCGGGUUCCAUGCGACCGAUGCUUCUGCUCGGUGUAGCAUUGCCAUGGUUGACGUUGUGGAUGUGAUUACAUGUUCGCGAUAGCCGAUCUUCACCGAGAACAUGGGCGGGAAUGGGCAUGAAAUUAAUAAUUAACUAUCCAUCAGUACACACCGGCAAAAAAAUAGGACCAUCGACCGACGUGUGGAUGAUCGCGAGGACGCAAAAUUAUUGGCAAUGGAGUCUCAAUUACUGAUAUUAUUGUGACGAUUAUUACUGUCUCGCUGCUGGCGAGGGUAAAUAGUGAACGUUGAUGGAGAAUGAAGCUGAAAGGGAAACACAGCCUCAACGGCUCGUAACGAGAUCCACGAGUACGUUUGCACUCCAUACGUGAUACGCAGAGCAAAACAGAAGUUAUUAUGCGUGUAAUGCUCCAUAACUCUGGUAUUAAUUUUACGAAUGUUUGUCGCCGGUUUGAACUUUUCCCCUUUACAACUACGUGAGAUUGAGCGAAGAAUUUGCGGUUAAAAAGGUGUAUCUGUAUCUUGUUUGUAUGCAAAAUUUUUCAAUCCCAAACAAAGUCAUUUGCUGCGGUUAGAAUAAUGGUAAAAUGAUCAAAUGUUACACAAACCCUCCUUCGAAAGCCGGUUUAGUGUUUGUGUUUUGUACGAAUCAAAUGCCAAACCUAGUCCAAACAUUGUUUGAUUGUUGUUGUCAAUUUCUCCUGCGGUUAGCUGACCUACAAUCCUGGGUCGCUGGCAAGAUUCCGCGUGAGCGAAAACAGGGAAGUCAUAAAUCAAACAUUGUAACCGCCCAUCGUUGUGCGGGGUUUUACAUUUCGUUAAGGAAAUUCGCGACGGAACGGUGCGCGAUCACGUAAUGAAGAUCUGCAUUUUUGUGCAAGCGAAGUACACUGUCGAUUGGGGUCUCCCAAAUCAACCCACUGAACUUCGAACUGGCAGUCACACAAUCGCACCCAGCACAGCGCCAUCGUCGGUGAGUGGGAUUUGCGCUUGGUUUUGCGCGGGGACGCGCAGGAAAAAAUUCUCCGACAAGAAGAAAUAAGUGGAAUCAAAUGUCACGAUCAUCGUAGCAUGGAUUACGGGGAAAACAUUUUUUUUAGUCACAGACAGAUUCGUAUUUCUGGCCAAGAAAGGGGUUCGUCGUUUGUGGCGGCACCCAAGUCUUUCGUAGCAAAGCCAACAGUUUGUAUACCGGUGGGAAGUUUAUUUUUUGCUUGGCAGAAAACGCAAAAAAAUGGGGGAAAAAACAAACUUUACUACUAGGAACAUUAUUAUUUUGAACUGAUGAAAAUAGACAAACAGAAAAAGCGGAGGCAAUGCAAUAGCAAAUGCUUUUCCACCCCAUUGGCCUCACGGUUUUUGUUUGGAUGGUGCUGCAUCGUGUUCAGCACACCGUCAGACAAAUGAAGGGAGUUUGUGUUGCUUGUGCUUUUUUUUCUGCGCGAUAACAGUAGACGCUAACACAACAGGAUCGAUGACUGGGGCUGUUGUUGGCAAAGCACGGUACAUGAUCGGUUCGAUAGGCACUGCUGGAAGUUGUGGUGGAAAUGUUUCUGUUUGAUCGCUGCUGCGGCCCACUGCUACUCGCGUGUGUGCUGCUAAUGAACCUUGCGCUUGACAUUGACUGCACGGUUGCCCUAGCGUAGCUAGGUUGGUCUUUGCUCGUUUGCUUCCUCGGCGUGUACACUAUGGCGAUGGGGUGGAAAACGGAACGGAAAAUCAGCAGAUGUUACCACAUAUUGGCUGAAGAUUGUCGUUACUUCUGUACGGGAGGAUUUAACAUUGGGAACGGUUGUUAGGAUGAUGCUAAGCGUUCGACGGAAGUACUAGAGUUCCGUUAGAUCAAUUUAAAACAAAAAUCAAACUACGCGGUUCAUGCCCUGAGUGGGAGUGCUUUUGAUUACUGAUUUGGUGUGUCAUCUGCUCCUGGGUGUUAUUGCAUUUGUUGAAAAAUAGGAAAUUUUUUAUAGUAAAACUUAUAAUUUUUAGUUUUAAAUCAACUCUUUAACCUUCUUAUAGUGAAAACAAUCAUGAGAUGAAACAAGCACCUCCUGCCACUGAAACAACCCACACCUACAGCGUUAAUGUAAUCAUUUAAAUAGGUUUAUAGGCCCGCCCGGACAGUUGUUUCAAUGCCAUACAUCCGAAAUGAAAAAUUUGCUCUACAUAACCAGUAAACAUCUGAUAGCAAUAAUCACUUCCUCCGAUCGUAUGUUUCACUUUCAACGUUUCCAACCCCUCCACCGCCCGGUGCAUCGCUACCUAAUGAACCCGUGUACAACUUUACAAGACAUAUGUAUUACUUUCGCUGCCGCUGACAGAUCAAUAGCCUGCAAUCAGGUUUACGCGUCCGAUCGAGUGUACCGGAUUGCCCUCCGGCGAACGAGAAUGAAAUGCAACACACAUAUCGGUCAGACAGGCGUUCGGUAGCGUUCGGUCGGUGGCACCACCGGUGGCAAGAUUACAGUGUUUACCAGUGUCUUAAUAAUCAUCAUCCCCAAGCAUCAAGAUCACCAGCGCACGAGCCUGUUACAAAUGAGUAGCACAAAGAUGGAAAGGUGAAAGGAGGAGUGUAGAAAGGAACAAAACCAAACGAUUGGUUGUUUUAUCCGGAAAUUAAUUGCUGACGGUAUCUCCCCCCCCCCCCAUCGUACGGAUGAAGAGAAACAAAAAAUUAAUUAACCAAUCGAACUGAUACGCGGUCUAUAUCAAUAAAAUGUGAUCAAACGAUCUGUCGCAAGAAUAGUAACCGAUCGACGAGUUCCACACACGAAAAAGUCAUUCUUUAAGCCCUGCGGCGUAUAACUGAAAAUUCGGUCCAGAUGAGAAAGGUGUCAAUAAUUGGAAGCAGUAGAGAAAAGCAAAUCGCGGUGACCGUUUGCCGAUCUGAUGUCUAAAUUAGCCACUUUUAGAGGCGGUCAAUCAUCGAUCAUUAAUUACGGAGUCGGUCAAGCUGGUUAAUUGAUGAUGGAGGGUUUAAGGUUUUAUGUUCAGCUUAUGUUGUUUUUUUUUCUUCUAUUCGCUUUACCAGUUAAAUGUUGCUUUUUUGCUCAUACGUUUGGUUGCAAAAAAAAAGAACCGAAAGAGUGGGCGAACAAGCUUAAAUCAUUACGGUACGACUGGAAACGUAGUGUGGUGGUCCAAAUAUGUGUAUUUUUUUUGGGUAUAUGAUUUAAAAUUUCUUUUUGCCACUUUACCCCGCUGGUACGCUCUUUUGAUCUAGUUGUUAAAUGCGACGGGGUCAGAAGAACGGUGUUUCGUCUGUAGCCGCGAAACAAUGUUCAACUGGUUGGUGAAGUAGUGAACUUUCAUAUUUUUUGCCACUUCACUACCGACCGGGCUUCAUUAAGCUGUGUGUGCUUAAUUGUGUCUUUAAACUAUGCUUUCCGCUAGAUAACUUCUGGUAAGAGAAGUGAGCUGUAGUUCCCAAACCUUUUCACUGUAGCAGCUGCUUCAUUAGACACCGCGGAAGGAC